GGCCGGAGGGACGCGGGAGCCCCCCCGGCCGCGCAGGAUGAAAGUCACCGUGUGCUUCGGGAGGACGCGGGUGGUCGUGCCCUGCGGGGACGGGAACAUGAAAGUUUUCAGCCUGAUCCAGCAAGCGGUGACCCGGUACAAGAAGGCGAUCGCCAAGGAUCCAAACUACUGGAUACAAGUACAUCGACUGGAGCAUGGGGAUGGUGGGAUCUUAGAUCUCGAUGACAUUCUUUGUGAUGUAGCCGAUGACAAAGACCGUCUUGUAGCUGUGUUUGAUGAGCAAGAUCCACACCAUGGAGGUGAUGGCACCAGCGCCAGCUCGACAGGCACGCAAAGCCCGGAGAUUUUUGGCAGUGAGCUUGGCUCCAAUGCAGCAUCGGCCUUUCAGCCUUACCAAGCGACAAGUGAAAUUGAAGUCACUCCAUCAGUCCUUCGUGCAAAUAUGCCUCUUCAUGUCCGACGUAGUAGUGACCCUGCACUGAUUGGCCUCUCAACCUCUGUAAGUGACACAAAUUUUUCUUCAGAAGAGCCUUCACGGAAAAACCCUACAAGGUGGUCCACAACAGCAGGCUUUCUCAAGCAGAACACCCCUGGCAUACCGAGUGCUCAUGAAAGAAAGAAAGAUGAAAACUACAGAAGCCUACCACGAGAUACUAGUAGCUGGUCUAACCAGUUUCAGAGAGACAAUGCUCGUUCAUCGUUAAGUGCCAGUCAUCCCAUGGUGGACAAGUGGCUGGAGAGGCAAGAACAGGUUGAUGAUCGAACAGAGGAGGACAACAGCAGAGUUGAGCCAGUUGGACAUGCAGACACUGGUUUGGAGAAUGCUACCAGUUUUUCCCUGGAUGAUAUGGUAAAGCUCGUAGAAGUCUCCAAUGACGGCGGGCCUUUGGGAAUCCAUGUAGUGCCUUUCAGUGCCCGAGGCGGAAGAACCCUGGGGCUGCUGGUAAAGCGAUUGGAGAAGGGUGGAAAAGCUGAACAAGAAAACCUUUUUCGUGAGAAUGAUUGUAUUGUCAGGAUUAAUGAUGGAGACCUUCGGAAUAGGAGAUUUGAACAAGCACAGCAUAUGUUUCGCCAAGCCAUGCGUACGCCGUUCAUUUGGUUCCACGUGGUCCCUGCGGCAAAUAAAGAGCAGUAUGAACAGUUGUCCCAAAGCGAGAAGAACACGUACUACUCCAGCCGGUUCAGCCCCGAUUCCCAGUAUGCUGACAGCAAAACUAUUAACAAUUCUGGACUUCACACGUUACAAAGAAUGUCUCGAGCGGGUAACCAGUCCGAUCAGACAGACUCCUACUCGCAGCUACCUCAUAGUGUGAAUUCAUCAGGGAAACCACCCUCGGGCCUGGUACCAUCACCUCAGAAAGUUCUCACCUCCACUGCAAACAGUGGGUAUAACACCAAAAAGAUAGGGAAGAGGCUCAGUAUACAGCUGAGAAAAGGUACAGAAGGCUUGGGAUUUAGUAUUACGUCAAGAGAUGUCCCAAUUGGUGGCUCAGCUCCAAUUUAUGUGAAAAACAUCCUUCCAAGAGGUGCGGCUAUUCAAGAUGGGAGACUAAAAGCUGGAGACCGAUUAAUUGAGGUAAAUGGAGUUGAUUUAACAGGCAAAACUCAAGAAGAAGUUGUGUCCUUGCUGCGAAGCACCAAGAUGGGAGGGACUGUUGGCCUUCUGAUUUUUCGACAGGAAGAAACAUUCCAUCCAAGGGAACUGAGUGCAGAACAAAGCCAGUCACAAAUUCCAAAGGAAACGAAAGCAGAAGAGGAGGAGCUUGUCCUCACACCUGAUGGCACCAGGGAAUUCCUGACAUUUGAAGUUCCACUGAAUGACUCUGGAUCAGCUGGACUUGGCGUGAGCGUCAAAGGUAACCGGUCAAAAGAAAACCAUGCCGAUUUAGGAAUCUUCGUCAAGUCCAUUAUUAAUGGUGGAGCAGCAUCCAAGGAUGGCAGGCUUCGUGUGAAUGAUCAGCUAAUAGCAGUAAAUGGAGAAUCAUUAUUGGGCAAAACAAAUCAAGAUGCUAUGGAAACCUUAAGGAGGUCCAUGUCCACUGAAGGAAACAAACGGGGAAUGAUUCAGCUUAUAGUGGCGAGACGAAUAAGUAAAUGCAAUGAGUUGGAGUCACCUGGGAGCCCCUCUGGGCCAGAGCUGCCCAUAGAGACUCUACUGGAUGAGCGGGAACGGAGGAUUUCCCACUCCCUCUAUGGGGGGAUCGAGGGUCUCAGCGAGUCGCCCACCAGGAACGCGGCACUGAGUAGGAUAAUGGGUAAAUAUCAGCUGUCUCCAACGGUGAACAUGCCCCAAGAUGACACUGUCAUUAUUGAAGAUGACAGGCUGUCAGUCCUCCCUCCUCAUCUCUCUGACCAGUCGUCAUCCAGUUCCCACGAUGAUGUUGGGUUUGGCACUGUUGAUGCUGGUGGAUGGGCUAAAGCUGCAAUUAAUGAGUCAACAGACUGCACUCUUAGUCCAGAUGUUGAUCCAGUGCUUGCCUUCCAGCGAGAGGGUUUUGGACGCCAGAGCAUGUCAGAAAAGCGUACAAAGCAAUUUUCAGAUGCCAGUCAGUUGGAGUUUGUUAAAACACGAAAAUCCAAAAGCAUGGAUCUAGUAGCUGACGAGACUAAGCUCAGUACAAUGGAUGACCAGAAAACAGGUUCCCCAACCAGAGAUGUGGGGCCUUCAUUAGGCCUGAAGAAAUCCAGCUCAUUAGAAAGUCUGCAGACAGCCGUUGCUGAGGUGACUCUGAAUGGUGAUAUUCCCUUCCACCGCCCGCGCCCACGAAUUAUCCGAGGACGAGGCUGCAAUGAAAGCUUCAGAGCUGCCAUAGACAAAUCAUAUGAUAAACCUGUAGCAGAUGAUGAUGAUGAAGGCAUGGAAACUUUGGAGGAGGACACAGAGGAGAGCUCAAGAUCUGGUAGAGAAUCUGUGUCCACAGCAAGUGACCAGCCAUCCCACUCAUUGGAGAGACAGAUGAAUGGAAGCCAAGAUAAAGGGGACAGAAAAAAGGCUGGAAAGGAAAAGAAGAAAGAUCGAGAUAAAGAGAAGGAUAAAAUUAAGGCAAAGAAAGGAAUGCUGAAAGGCUUAGGAGACAUGUUCAGGUUUGGCAAACAUCGCAAAGAUGACAAGAGUGAGAAAACUGGUAAAAUAAAAGUGCAGGAAGCUCUUACUUCAGAAGAGGAGAGAAUACGAAUGAAGCAAGAACAGGAGAGAAUUCAAGCAAAAACUCGAGAAUUUCGAGAGAGACAAGCUCGUGAACGUGACUAUGCAGAGAUACAGGAUUUUAACCGGACGUUUGGCUGUGAUGCGGACCCAAUGUACGCUGGGAUUGCUUCCUAUGACUCUUCUUCAAAUAGCGGCACGAUAACACUGAACGCCCGACCGCAGAGCCCGAGGGAAGGGCAGACAGUGGAAGCCUUGUACGCCCAAGUGAAGAAACCACGGAAUUCAAAGUCUUCACCUGUAGACAGCAACAGAUCAACCCCUAACAAUCAUGACCGGAUACAGCGCCUGAGACAAGAGUUUCAGCAAGCAAAGCAAGAUGAGGACGUGGAAGACAGGAGACGUACUUACAGCUUUGAGCAGCCGUGGCCAAGCACCAAGACGUACUCACAGAGUGGCAGACACUCAGUAUCAGUAGAGGUUCAAAUGCAGCGGCAACGGCAAGAAGAAAGAGAGAGUUUCCAACAAGCUCAGCGGCAAUACAGCUCAUUACCCAGGCAAAGCAGAAAAAAUGCCAGUUCUGUAUCUCAAGACUCCUGGGAGCAGAGCUAUUCCCCUGGAGAAGGGUUCCAGACUGCGAAGGAAAAUCCCAGAUAUUCCAGCUACCAGGGAUCAAGGAACGGCUAUAUGGGGGGACACGGCUUCAAUGCCAGGGUAAUGUUAGAAACACAAGAACUGCUCCGUCAAGAGCAGAGGCGGAAAGAACAACAACUGAAAAAAAAAACUUCUUCUGAAGGGCCUAGCAACUAUGACUCUUAUAAGAAAAUUCAGGACCCUAAUUAUACCCCUCCUAAAGGUCCUUUCAGGCAAGAUGUACCGCCUUCACCAUCACAGGUAGCGAGGCUGAACAGAUUGCAAACACCAGAAAAGGGAAGACCAUUUUAUUCUUGAGGUGAAGAAAAUGAAGAUCAACCUAUCAUGCAAUAAGGAACAUUUUCAUAUAAAGACUUAUAUUUUGAAAACUUUUUAAACUGAUGGUACUAAGGAAUAUAUCCGUUGUCUGUUUCAGUGCCUUUAAAAUUACGGGCAAAGCGUCGGUGGGCCUUAUGUCUUUGCCGUUCUGUCUCAAGUGUUGAAUUCAUGGAAGGAUGUUCCACCAUUUGACAAUCAUAGCGGAAGCGAGCAACGCCGCCCCUGCGUACUGAGUCCCGUAGCCCAGUCCAGUAGUUGUCAAUGGCUUAUUACUAGGAUUUGUUGUAAUGUGUUUUACUUUGCAGUGACUUAUUACACCAACAUGCAGCUUUGUGGCAUAAAAUUAAUGAAUUUGAGGUUGAAGGAAGCAUUAACAUGUCCUUUUUUAUUUCUCUCGGGUCAGGAGGAGGGUUACAUAUCACUCUUGAGUGAAUAAGGCUUAGCUCUGCUCUGGAUCGCAGUCGCAGUUCUAAGAUGUUUUAUGGUGGAGUCAUUACCAGUCUUCGUUGAUCAAUAUUUAAGUGUCUGUAUGCUGAAAAACUAUCCUUCUCCUAUUAUGCACAUACGCACUCUUUUUCUCUCUCUCUCCCCACUCGGAGCUUAUUAAAAAAGCCUUUAGCCUGACUCAUGAGGAAAACAAUAUUAAGCUUUCGGUUAUCCUGAGAAUCCUGUUACAAUUGC